AUGACAAAACAAUUUGCAUCCAAGGAUGAUAUUACAAAAGUGAGUUAUGUGAUUGCUCACAAGAUUGCCAAAAACAGCAAGCCAUUCUCUGAAGGAGAAUUUAUAAAGGAAUGUAUGAUUGAUUCUGCCUCUAUUUUAUGUCCAGACAAGAAAAACCAAUUUGAGAAUGUAUGUUUGUCAAGGCGAACAAUUGUAAGACGUGUUGAGAACAUUGCUGAGAGCAUGUAUCUGCAGUUUAAAGAGAAAGUAAGGACUUUUGAAUACUAUUCACUGGCACUUGAUGAAAGUUGUCAUGUCAGAGACACAGCACAGUUGUUAAUUUUCAUUCGAGGCAUCACCAAAUAUUUUGAGAUCACAGAAGAAAUGGUAUCAAUGCAGUCACUGAAAGGAACAACAACUGGAGAAGAUUUAUUGGAGGCAGUAAAUAAUUGUCUUUUGAAAUUAGGAGUAGAAUGGAACAAACUGGUAAAUGUGACCACCGAUGGAGGGCCAAAUAUGACAGUUGUGAAAGUGGUUAAUUACAUUCGAGCAAGAGGAUUAAAUCACAGGCAGUUUAUAACCCUGCUUGAAGACUUGGAAUCUGAUCAUACGGAUGUUCUGUAUCACACAAAUGUGAGGUGGCUUAGUUUGGGAAAAAUCCUGAAAAGAGUUUGGGAAUUGAAAGAAGAGAGUGGCUUAUUUUUGGACAUGAAACAGAAUGCUAUAGAUUUCCCACAGUUGAAUGAUGAGAAAUGGCUCUCUGAUUUUGCAUUUGCUGUUGAUAUCAUGGGUCAUAUGAAUGACCUGAAUUCAAAGCUACAAGGGAAGGGGGCUUUUGCACAUGAUUUAUUCCAUGAUUUCAAAUUAAUUGAAAAUGACCUACAACUCGAGCUUAUUGACAUGCAAUGUGAUCCUUUGCUUUCUGAGCAGAUGAAAACAGUGACUCUUCCCAAAUUCUAUGCCUCUCUUAAUGACUGUGCAUUUCCAAAACUAAAGGCUCAUGCUCAAAGAAUGCUUGUGCUGUUUAGAUCUACAUACAUAUACUUGUGUAAACAACGGAGGCUUGAGAGUUCACAGAUCCAAUUCUGGAACCUUGUGCUGGACAUGGAGCUCACCAUCUUCAUGUUGAUCCGCUCAUUCAGGGAAGGCAAUUUCAAACUCUACCUUGAAGCACUCUCAGAGCUGAUCCCCUACUUCUUUGCGAACAACAAUGUUAAUUAUGCCCGAUGGCUUCCAAUUCACCUUCAAGAUAUGAUGUGCCUUGAGCAACAACAUCCAGAGGUAGCGAGGGAGUUCUACAAGGGGAACUUUGUUGUCCACAAGUCAGGAAGAGAGUUCUCUGCCAUUGCUAUUGAUCAAGCCCAUGAACAAAACAAUGCAGUGAUUAAAGGCGAUGGAGCAGCAAUUGGGUUGACUGAGGACCCAGCAGCACUUC